ACUCUUCAUCCUUCGUUCCCUGAAUUAUGAAUUCCCUUAUGAAGGAAGGAAACUGCGGGUAACUUGUCGGCAUGUUUACAUACACGUUCAGGUUUUUAACAUCCAUUAAACUGCAGUUUUGAAUCUUGGUUUAAUUUAAUAGUAAUCUGACCUGACCAUAGGCCUACACCACUAACUUAUGUGAACACAAGCAAUAACUCUUAGUCUUGACCAAAUCAAACUAAAUAUACUUGUUCACUGUUCAGCGGUUCAGAUGUAGGCCCUAGGUCUGAUAGAGGUAUAGAUCAUUUGAUAAGGAAAGGAAUAAAGGUCUGAAAAUGGAAACACUGCCUGUUGAAAUGGUAGUAGAAAUCACGAGCUUCUUGACAGCAAAGGACCUUGCUAGUUGUAUCUCAGUGUCUCAUAGUUGGAGAGAGAUAUUCAAUCACGAACUUCUGUGGAAGCCACUUUGCGAUCUGCGGCUAGAAGAGCAACUCAGCAACAUUCCGUGUGUUGUCGAGCCUGCUUUUCUCAUUUCUGAGGAGUCUACCUUAGCUCCAAUUGGUCAAUCUAGGUUAGCUUUCAUAAAGGAGAAGCAUCUUUGGAAAAAUUGGAGGCAGAAUAAAAUUGUAAAGGAAAAAAUUUCCAUACCAACUCCCAAAUUGUCUGUAGUUGAAAAUUUACUAGGCCUAUCUGAAUUUAGGAGGAAGGUGAGAUCUAUAUUUGUGAAGGAUGUGUCUGGAUCGUAUUUACAAAAAGACAAAGUUAGAAGGGCAGCAUGCUUGUUCUUAACGGAUAUUCUUCUUGUUGGUUGGUAUUCAAAUAGCAUAAGAAUUUGGGAUGUCAGUUCAAUUCCAGCGGUGUAUCUCAUGAAAACGGAUUCAUCUGUUGAUGUAAAAAUGUGGGAAUCUAUUGAUUUGGUGGGGAACGACACAUUGAUAGUCAAACAAAAAUCAUAUGUUGAAGUUUUCCAUGUGGACUUAACUAACAAAUGUAUAAAAUUAAGAAAUAUAAUAUUACUUAAGGAACCUUCCACAUUGAUUGUGAAACAGCACAAUGCUAAUGGUCUAAGCAUUCAUAUUGGUGUAACUGUAUGUGGGUUUAGGAGAAAAUUAAAGGUGUUUGAUUUGAUGACCGGGAAGGAACUGAUAGAAGAUAACGGCCCUGUGGGAAAUGAAACUGCAAUAAUUGAGGAAAUAUUAACUUCAACGCUUAGUGAUGAUAUACUUGUCUUAUUUCAAAAUAAUGAAACCAAAACCGCUUAUGUUUAUAGUUCUGAAAAACUAUGUUACAUAUCGGGCCCAUUUCUGCGAGGAUAUAUUGAUCAAUGUGCAAUCAACAGACAUUACAUUGCACUUGCUGAUUCACAUGGUGGAUUGAAAAUUAUUGACUAUUUAACAUCAAAUGUUGUUUUCUCAAAGAGUGAAGAGAAGAAAAGCGGGUAUAAUGAAAUUUUACCCUUGUUGGCUUAUAAAAGUGGCUUUGUCUUUUUGAAACACAGAAAUUGGAACUAUACAUUAGAGUUAGUUUCGCUAAAAAACCUAACCACGACUAUUGUUUGCGAACAGUCACGUCUACCACAUUAUAAUGAUUGUUGGUUAGAUAUUGUCAACGACAGAUUUGUGGUUGUGUUUGAAGCAAUUACUGACUUAGUAAGGUCAGAAAAAACAGUGUAUGAACCUUCAGCCAAUACACUUCAAGAAAUUGUUUUGUUUGGUCCAAUACUAGAUGAAAAGUUCAAUAAGUCAUUUACUAAGAGCGUCAGUCACAAUGAUGAAGGAAAUUUGGUAAUUUCACAUUACUGGUGAUGUAAACUAAAUUUCUAACCUAUGCCUUAAUGUCAGGUAGGUUAGGAUUUAGUAUCUAAAUGCAGCGGGAAAGAAAUAAUUUGAGAAUUAUACAGAACCAUAUACACUGUAGAACUCAUGGCUGGUAACUAUAUAGGCUGCGUAAUGUAGGUGGUUAUGGAUAUUAAAUAACACAAUUGUUAUUAAAUAACAACAUAUAUUUUCAAAGAUAAAUUGUG